UUGGAGCCAUGUUUUUUGAGGAAGAAGAAACAUGUCAGAAACUCAGCUUGGGGAUACUGACAUCACAGGGCUCGAUGAUAAUAUCGAUGACGAUGUGAAGAAAGAUGUGACAUCAAAUAAAAGCUCAGAGUCUGUGACGUCAGAUGUAUCAACUGGACGUUCACGUGAGGGAUCUGCCAAAAAUGUUGAUACCGACACCGAUCUGGAACUGGAAGAGGAGAAGAAGUCAGAUUUUGACUUAACGGGACGUGCUUUGUAUCUAUCGGUGUGUAAGAAGUUGGGUGUUAUUCCAGUCUCCUACUUCAUGAGACAUAUGCAGGACCCGGUACUGAACAUGCGACACCACGGUCUGGGAAGUUCGGGUGCAAGGGCGCUAGCUCACCCACUUAUG